ACCAAAAUGGUUGCGAUAAUUGUUGGAUUGAAAUGGUGCAACCAAGAGUAGUAAUAUGUUUGGAGUUUUGUGUCGUUUAAGGUCUGGAAUGUCAGAACGUAAGGAUUUACAGUUAGAAAGAAUGAUGCUGUUGUUGGGGUUACAAAUAAAUGGUAUUGAAAUUCAGUUCUGUUCGAUUCUGGCUCAUACAGAAGUUUAGUAGAUAUAAUAGCAAAAAGAGCAGUAAAAAAUAAUAUUGUGGAUAUACAGGUGCAGUUAGGUAAAGGGGAAAUUAAAACAUUGAUUCAGAAAAAAGGGUUUGAUUGCUGGCAGAGACAAUGGGAUGAAAGUAGUAAUGGCAGACAGUUUUAUAGUACAAGGAUAUCUGUACGGGACAUCGUGGCAUAUAAUAGGAACAAAAGGGAGGAAGUUAUGUGUGGGAUGAGAUUAGGGCAUACAGGAUUGAAUUGAUCUUUGGCUGUAUGGUAGAGGAAACAGUUGAAUAUGUAUUAUUAUUUUAUGAAACGUAUGAUGUGGAAAGGAAAGUUUUUUUGACAGGGCCAGAAUGCACCUGUCAGUUGGUUGUGAUUCGCCAAUAAAACUUGAAGAAGAAGAAAAAGUUGCAGAGGGCAGCUUGAAACUGAAUUUCCUGAAGUCCCACACGGAGAUGAAAGUCAUCAAUGUCGGAGGACUGGGGUUGGAAUGGCGAGAAGAUGCAAGGUGAAAACCCCAACCAACUGUGAAAUACAAGCCUGAGUACUUUCUCCUUUGGAUCAAGUACAGGAGAAAAAAAUGCAUGUCAUGUGCCUGAAAACCCUGAGUAGUCUUGCUGGGGAUCAGAACUGUCCUGUGUGAGUGAGACAUAUUGACAAUAUGCAACAAUAUGUAACAAAGCGUCUCGUCUGCCGGAAAACCACAAGAAGAAGGUAGAUUUGCGUCGAAGCUGCGCAAUAAGUAGCAGCUUGAACACUUCUGUUUUGCACGCAUCUAUCCAUGAAUGGCAUUAGAGACCCAAAAAGGAAAUGCUAGCAAUUGCUAAUGUUAUUGGAUAGAAAUAGCUAUUUUGGUGGAGGAAAGAAACCAUGGGGUAUUGACUAAAUCGAUUGCAUGAUAUUAAAUGUAACGGUAAACUACAAUUAGCUUAACGUUUACAUUAAAAUUCUGUUAAAACGACCUGCUGAGGCCUUGUUAGCUACGAGUCAAUCAAUCCUCGGCCUGUUUGAAACAUUACCCUGCAAGUGUGGCUCGACUUGACUUGAGCCUCGCUAGCCUUUGGCAAGCCAGUUGUUUUUAAAUUCAAUUUUAAAGCUAGCAAUGAAGUUGGUCCAAUUUUAAAUGGUUGUCCACAAUUUAAUUGUUCUCAUGCAAUACGUCUCAUAUACUUUCCUGGCCAAACAAUUGUAGCUAGCUAUCGUGAGCUUGGAAAGUGGGUCGUGGGUGCAGCUGUAGCUAGUUAGACAUAUCUGUAUUUACCCGCUACUUAUGCGAACAAGCUGCUGCAGAAACAUCGAUAAUGUCUUUGGUAGCAUAUGCUAGCAGUGAUGACAGUGAUUCAGAAACAUCUAGUUCCAUCAUCCCGGGGAGCAAACCCGGGUGGCUUUUCGCACGCCUUCCUGCCCCAAAAAUAUCUGCCUCAGAGGCACUAGGAAACGUGCGACCAAGCAAAGGGGCAACACACGCAUCAUCACGGAACACUGUGUCAAGCGAUGGCGACGAGGACUCCGUUACCCGUUCUCAUGCAUUUAAAGGAGGGUUGCCUUUCGAUUUACCUAAGCCGAAGAAGCGAACAGAGCCUGUCAAAAUCACUAUACCUGAGAUAAAAAGAGGGGAUUCUGACUCUGAUGAAGAUGAACCAAGGAGAAAGAAAUCCCUGCCCCAGGGCCCUGGCACUGGUCUUUCCUCCCUCCUGCCUCAGCCCAAAAAUGUGGUUGUGAAGGAGAUGCAGAGGGCCCUAGUGCCUCACACCCUCACCAAGCGGCCGGAGCCAAAGAAAACCACAAAGCCCUCUUUAGGGUCCUCCCAGGGCCACGCCAGUGCUAGCGCAUCUCCCUCCGCCAUCAAAGCAGCAGCCAAGUCGGCUGCCCUGCAGCUAGCGAGGCAGAUAGCUGCUGAGGAAAGUGACGAGGAACUGGCCCCAGAGAACUACUUCUCCCUGGGAGAGAGCUCCAAACCUCUCCCCGCUGUGAUCCCCAGCCUGAACCCGGAGCCUGUCUCCACCUCAGGCCUACUACCCGCUCCUGCAAGCAUACAGCGUGGUACCUUCCAGUCAGACGCUCCUCUGGACUUUAGUGCGAACCAAGAGGGAGCUUGGGGAGGUCAACAGCUAGGGGCGUACCAACAGCCCUCGGCAGAGCCUCAGGGCUACUACAACGAGGCUUACUACCAGGAUCCUGAGUCUGACCCAGCGUUGCCUGAGCCAGAGCAAACUGGUUCCUCCGCCCUGUUUGAUGAUGAAGCGUUCAUGAGGCUGCAGGGGAAGAGGAACAGGGGCAAGGAAGAGGUGAAGUUCCUGGAGAUCAAGGGAGAUGACCAGCUGAGUGGCAACCAGCAGUGGAUGACCAAGAGCAUGACUGAGGAGAAGCAGGAGCGCAAGUCCUUCAGCAAGAAAAAGGGAGACCAACCCACAGGGCAACAGCGACGCAAGCACCAGAUCACAUACCUCAUCCACCAGGCAAAGGAGCGAGAGCUGGAGCUGAAGAACAGCUGGGCCGACAACAAGCUGACUCGCCGGCAAACACAGGCAAAAUACGGCUUCUAAGAACCGUAACAGGAGGCUUGGUGGCAUGCAUAGCCCUCCCCCUGAAGAUUAGAGUAGUACAGUCCACAAGGUUCCCUCAACAACGUGGGUCAUACUAUACCCUUGCAGUGGGGGAGGGGUUACACACCUCAUAGACCCAUCCUUGGAGAUGCUAGCACUGACUUUCCUUUUUGUUCACCCUUAUUUGUUGGCCUCCCUGGAUUUGUGAUACUUAAAACAUUUCUGAUUUAAACCAUUUUGGUGGGACUAUUUUAUAUUAUGUUUGUUCUUGGCUGCAUAGGAAAUCACAUGGUUAAGACACAAUAUGGUUUCCUGGGAAAUACCCUUUAAAUGCAAUUUCAUGUGGUGGUAUUUUUCAUAUGACACCUUGAACCACCAAUGAUCAAUAGUCUGAGAAUAAGAGGAACGUUUCCCAUGUGGUGUCGAUAUUUUCUUCAUCUUGUAUGUUUCCAAGGGUGGGACAGUGACCUGUUCUUAAAUCAUGUCAAUCAAAUACUAAGCUUUCUCUGGGGUUUUGGAUGUUAGAAAACACAUUUGGUGGUCUGGUUGGAAUUGCCCUGUGGUGGCGACACUUCAACCUGACCAUUUUGGAAAAUGUCUCUAUUGGAUUUUGGGGGAGAGUUGGUAUCUUUUUAAAGGAGCCAGAAACUCCUACUGUCCUCUGUGAAUAAACAUGAUCAUAUACAGUGA